UUAUCAAAAUUAACAUCUACAAAACACAAGACAAAGUUCCAAACAUUCAAACAUCAAACUUAAUCUCAUUUCCUCUUCUCCUUUCAUCUCUCUCUAGAGAAAAAACAGAACAUGUCUGGUCCGAAGAACAAUCAUCUUACUCGUCAAUCAUCCUUCAAUUCUCUCUACAUAAACCCACUUAACGAGCUCAAUACAAUCUAUGGCUGCUGCGAUGUCGCCCGUCACAGUGUGGAUAGUUUUGCACCUGGAUUUCAAGCCCGUCUUAAAACCCGGACCACCAUACUCUCCGAUGACAAAGAGAAUGCAGCUCCUUCAAACAAGAAUCCGACCCAGCUCUCAGUUUUGACUGAUAAGGAGAAUAUAUUGCCGAAUUCUGAUGUUGUUGGAUCUAACCCAUGUAAGGAUAAGGUUAGAAAUGGGAAAUCUUGUCUGAAAGAUAGAGCCUUGAAGCCUUCUUCAUUGCAGCUGUGUAUGCAGCAGAAUGAGCUUGAAUGGAAAUUUGGGUACAAAAUUGGUGAACCCUUAGAGUCGGAGAAGAUGAAUUCUGGUAAUAUUUGGGAUUAUUCAGAUUCAGAAACUGCUCCUGCUUCAUCCUGGUCUACUCUUCCUAAUAGGACAUUAUUGUGUAGGCCUUUGUCAGUUGAUAUAGGGAGAUGUACAUGUGUUAUAGUGAAAGAAGACUUGCCACAAGAACUAGAUGGAGGCACUCUCUAUUCACUAUAUACAAAGGAGGGACAUGGGAGACAAAACAGGAAGCUUGCUGUUGCUUAUCAGAGAAGAAGAAAUGGAAGAUCACAGUUUCUAGUGGCUCAAAAUUUGAAAGGAAUAACUUGCAAUUCUGAUGAUAGUUUUCUAGGAUUCGUUACAUCUAAUCUUAUGGGUUCCAAAUACAGCAUAUGGGAUCAGGAUAAUCGUGAGAAUCUAAUAAACAAACAAUCUAAGCCACCACUAGCUGUUGUAUUGUUCACGCCUACCAUAGCUACAUGGACAGGGAAUUACAGAAGCAUGAGAGCUUGUACACCAAAACAUCACUCAAUGAUGCUGAAGAACAAUUCAACUCAGAUUCAACAUAUCAGUGGAUUACCUAAAGAUUGGGAAGUGAAAUUGGAUAAAGUACAUCAGUUAUAUUCAAGAGUUCCAGUCUACAACAGAAUAUCAAAGCAAUAUGAGUUGGAUUAUAGGGAGAAAGGCAGCAAGACAACAGGGGGGAUGAAGAUUCAAAGAUCAGUUAAGAACUUUCAGCUGACAAUGGAGAAAAAUGGAAAGCAAACGAUAUUGCAACUUGGAAGGGUGGGGAAAUCAGAAUAUGUGAUGGAUUUCAGGUAUCCAUUGACAGGUUAUCAAGCUUUCUGUAUGUGUUUGACUUCAAUAGAUUCGAAGCUGUGCUGUGCAGCCUAAUAGUAUUAUCAUGGUUACAAUCUUUUUAGAAAGUUCAAUCUCUGAACUUGUUGUUGUUUUUGUUCUAGUCAUUUGUUGUUUGUUUUCUUUCUUGGAUCAUUCAUUAUUCCGAAACCCCAUCCAGAUGUUCUGUUUUGUUGACAUUAAAA